ACAACAACAAAAAGCAACGGGAACGGGAAGACGAUCGAACGGGAUUUCGGCAGCGAUGGAAGAAGCUUUGCUGUAGUGUUCCGAACAUCAGCUGACCCCACCCAAACCCUAACCUCCACACAUCCCAAGAUGGAGAGACUAGAGGCUUUGUCUGUAGACCUUCUUCAUAUGUCUUAAGGCUACAGGAGAGAACCGAGGAGGACCUGUGUUUUGCUGUGAGCCAGUAAUGUUACUGAGCAUUGGACGGUGAACAGUGAGUAGGCCUAACUGGAUGACCUUCGACCCGACAUGGACAGGAAGCGCCCCAAACUGCUCAUCCUGAGGAGAGACACAGUAGAGGGUCGGAUGGUAGCGAGACGCAUUGCUCUGGAGGAGGACACGCCCCUGAGCCACGCAGCCAAUCAGGAUCCAGACCUCAGAGAGGGAGCCAAUCAGGGAGACCAGGGCGGGGCUGGAGUAGAGGCCAGUGGUGAAGAGGAGGUGAUCCAGCUGGAGAACGACAUGCUCCCUCUAGGGGCGGAGGUCCAGAUGGACACGGUCUCCAGUGACAUCCUGGGGAGUCUGGCCCAGGGGACAGGGGAGGGAGAGGGGAGUCUGCGAAGGUGGAGGUGGAAGCCUCCGGUACAGGGUGAUGACGACUGGGAAGACUGCUCCGCUCUAGGACCGGGCUGGAAACGCAAAGUGGUGUUCCGACGCUCAACCACCCUGUCCACUAAGAGGAAGUGGGAUGCGUACUACUGCAGUCCUAAUGGGGACCGUAUGAGGAGCAAGCGUUUAUACCACUUGGAGGAGUUUCACUCCUCUAGUACGAGCACCUCCAGGGCCGGUACCCCCAUGACCGGCACCCCCAGGACAGGCACUCCAGACCUGGACAGGAACCACACUCAUGAUGGCCUCCCUGGAACUCCCCAGCGCACCCCCCAGAGUCAGGCCAGCUUCCCGCACAUCACCCAGUCCCCCUCCGUUGUUCUCCACAACAGCCUCCCCACCACCACUAAGCCUCCCCUGGCCAGUGGCUCCCCCUCUCUCUGUCUGGGGAAGUUCUCCCCACAGAGACUCAGCGCUGAGGCCUCUUCAAGCCGAGACGUCGUGGCAAUCCCCCGUCUGUCUCAGUCACUCCUGCCUCUCAGCCCGACCAAAAACCAGCUCCUUCAGUCAGGACUACAACCGCUCAGCCCGACCAAGAAUCAGCUCCUUCAGUCAGGACUACAAACCCCAGAGAAGCACAGGAAGGUAUUAGUGAUCCGUAGGCCGGAUGUGGAUCUGGACCCAAUCACCUCCCCUCCCCCCCAGCACCUGGCCCUGGUAACCCAGUGGACCCAACAGUGGAGUGGAUCUAAUAUUGUGCUGAAUGGACACAGAGAAAUGGACACAGAGAAAACACCUUGUACAGGUAGACAUGGACAGGUAGAGUCAGGGAAACUACCUCAUGAAGUAACUUACCUUAGGCCAGGCUCCUACGAUGAGAGGAUUCAGCAGAUGAAAGCAGCCAACAAGGAAGAUGCUAAGAAGAAACCGUCCCCAAGUAUUGUGUUCAGAAAGGUGGGGGGUGAUAAAUGGGUUCUAGGAGGGAAACAACCGGAGUUCAAAGAAGAGGAAUUCGGCAACAGCGGCACGACUCCACUUCACACUAAGAAGAAACGUAAGCGGUUUGGACACAAGUGGACCAAGGUAACCAGGAGACCGAGUAUAUCGAGAAAAGCCAAGAUGAAAGAAGCUGUGAAAGAACUGGAAGAGGAAGAAGAGGAAGAAGAGGAAGAAGAGGCAGAAGAGGAAGAAGAGGCGGAAGAGGAGGAAGAGGAAGUAGAAGAAGAAAAGCCACAGAAGAAGAUGAGGACUCCUCAACAGGUACGGGUGAAAGAGAAGGAGGAGGAAGUAGAGUGGAGGCCAGGGAAAAUUGUGUAUAACCACAGCGAGGGAAGUGACUCUGAAGAGGCGCAUGAACAGACUAAUAAUAUCUCACGUAUAACGGGCAAAUUGAAGAAGCGUACUCAGGGCUGUGGUCGGUGUGCUCCCUGUCUGCGUACAGAUUGUGGUAAAUGUGUCUACUGCCUGGACAAGCCCAAGAACGGCGGGGCGAACAAAAAGAAACAGAAGUGCAAGUACCGCCGGUGUCUUAAUAUGCCCACCAAAAGGGACUUAAUGGGAAGCUACUUUAAGAAACACCUGACAGAAGACCCAGGUGGCCUCAGUGUUCCCAUUGGACCAGGAAGUGUACUACCAAGAAGUGGUCCAGGUGGUGUUCCGAUUGGUCCAGGUGGUGUUCCGAUUGGUCCAGGAGGUGCUUCAAUUGGUUUAGGAGGUAUUCCGAUUGGUCCAGUUGUUCCUAUUUUACCAGGAACUGUAGUAGGAUGUGGAGCAGGAUAUGUACUAUUAGGAAAGACACUUUCAAAAUGGCGUAUGGUAAAACCAGGAAAUGGACCAGGAAGUGGACCAGGUAGGGGACGAGGGAAGGGACGUGGUCGGCCCCCUAAACACUUCACCAAACGGAGGAGACGGGGAUGGAGCCAGAUCCCCUCGAGUGAUACGACAGAGACAGACGAGACUGAGGAGGAAGAGGAACCAGAGCUCAGCCCUGGGGCAGGGGGAGAGGAUGGAGAGGGGUGGGCAGAACUGCAGGAGAGGGACGACGACGACGUGCCUGAACAAAUACCGCAGAUGUCUCCGUCCAAUAGGAUGGUAAACCCCACUAGUGGGGUAUCUGGGUCAGAGGAACCCAGCAGCUGUGGCCAGCCCUACCCCCAGAGCUGUUACCAGGGUGACCAUGGCAACCUCCAGUUCAUCAGGAUGAACGGCAACCAAAUUACCAUCACCCCUGGCCCCAGCCUCGCUUCUCAGGGAGCCUCCCCAGUCCUGUGCCCUGCAGUUGACUACAUGAGAUCUGAACCACCAGCUGUGAAGUAUGUGAACCAGCCCCCUGCUGAGCCCUCGGCACCGUACAGUGUGUCCACUAGAGAGCAUGCCCCACUAGACUACACUGAGGAGGAACAGCUAGUAGAGUUGUAUGCUGAGGUACCUCGAACCAUCAUCAUCAACCUCGGACCACCUGACCUGCCAGAGGUCACCGGGGCAAAGGUCAUGCCUAGGUUGACCCCUGGGGUCAUCCAUGAUGUCACUCCUGAUGAUGUCACUCCAGAGAUCACAGAGACCUUCAGUCUGGCCGACGGCAGCGAGUCCUGCGGUGACGAGAGGGAGGCAGCUCUGUUUGGGUUCCUGAGGGCCCUGCGUAGGACAGUGCUCCCAGCCCACUGGGUUGGGGUCAUGGCCAGAGGACCUCUACUACAGCUCCUCCAGUGCUCUAAGCUCUCCACCAUGGCUGACACAGUCCUCCAGAUCCAACCUGGCUUCUGCUUCCAGGUGACGGUUCAGGGACAGCCUCUGCUGCUGACCCACCCCCUGUACGAAGUUCAUCCUACCCACCUCACAACCAUCACACAGCUGGUCACCCUGCUGCUGGACCUGGAGACCCUGGUGGUCUGCCCCGGCUUUCCCGUCAGGCUGCCCGCCCCGGGGGACAGGGGCAUGGAGGUGCUGGAGCCGGUCCUUUGUGUGAGGGCGGCCGUCUGUGAACUGCUGGUCCCGCUGGAGGAGGAGAGGUGUGAGAGGUGCAGAGACAGCAUCGUGGAGGAGGAGAGGUGCAGAGACAGCAUCGUGGAGGAGGAGAGUUGCAGAGACAGCAUCGUGGAGGAGGAGAGGUGUGAGAGUUGCAGAGACGGCAUUGUGGAGGAGGAACUGGAGAUUGAGCUGGAGUUGGGGGAGGAUGGGUGGGUGUAACUGGGUUGGAGGGUGUGACUGGAGUGGGUUUGAACCCCCGAGACAAGACUGGGCUAAAUCCUAGGCUUUUGUUAGCCCACCAAGCCAGAAGUGUAGGCAGGUUUACUUGUGAUGCGAGCGUGUUUCACUGAACCACCUAAAACACAGGAACCCAAGGCCAGGUUACUUAUUACGCCAGCAUGGUUCACCGUACAGGACUUCGUUUUUUGGAGAACCACGACGUGGAUUGGUGCACUUCCGACCAACGCAGGAGUGCCUGCGUACGAUUGACAUUCAAUGUGGUGCUUUAGAAAUAGAAUGACUAGAAAAAUCAUUCUAUUCUAUUCAUUGUAUUUCUAUGACUAUAAUUUUUAGUUAGUUAUGGACAUGACUGAAAAUGUCUUCCAACACAUCACUGGAUGUUUACCAUUAGAUCAGGCAGACCAGUGCUGCUUUUUACUUCUGUACUUGACACAGUUAAUGCUGUUGGCAUUAAAACAAAUUAAAGUUCUCAACACGGGGCAACUAGGAUAUCAACAUGACUAUGUUUGGUUUCUGGACCAGCCGUUUGUUUUUUUUAAAACAUUGGUUUUGAGGUUUGUUCAUCGGUCAUCACUAUAUUUCGCCCAUGAUCUAGUAGUGUUAUCUAUAUCUAUGUGAGUAUGGCAGAAUGGCUGCUUAACGUUAGAACAUACUCUGUUCAUUUAAACAGAUAUAUUAAUUAUUAUUAUUAUUAUAUUAAACAAAGUUCACCAGCUAUAGUGGAAUGUCCGAUAUCUUCCCUCUUACAUCUUCUUGUUGCUGGAAUAAAUUUGUGUUGCUGGAAUAAAUUUGCACAUUUUAAGAAUGUAGCUAGCUAGUUUGUUAGUCUUUCAAGAACAGCGUCUUUACAAAGUAGAGAGGAUGCUGCUGCUUCAUCCCUUCAGAUCACUCUAUCAACUACAUUAUACACUAUUUUCUGGUUCUGUGUUCAGAGUUAUUUUAAUAUUUCUGGUUCUGUGUUCAGAGUUAUUCUAUUAGUUCUGGUUCUAUGUGAAUUAAAAUGCAAUUUCUACCAUUUUACAGAGCUAAACCACCACUAUCUGCUCUCCCCAGCUGACUGAACAAAGUCCUCACAGGCUGGCAUACCAGUGCUCCCAAUAUUUCCCUAGACAGUUGUAGUCUUGAAUGAAGCUCUGUGUAGGUAAGAAAUUUAAGAUUAUAUUAAUACAUUGGACUGGAUAGUCCGUGAGGAAUGAGACAUUGAGCACAAUCAGAAUCUAUUACAAAUUGAACUGAGGCCCAAUCACCUUUCUGUUCAUGUGUACUGUUCUCUUGACUUCUUCUUUAAAUGAUUGUAUAUGUUGUUCACAGGAACAAUGUGGUCCACACAAGGACCACUCUGUUUGUCUGAAUAGAUUACUAAUUUGUGAUACGACAACAUCUGUCUUUUUUUAAUUGGAUUGAAGGUAAUGGUCUGUGUAGAUAUUCAAGAUUAAAGUGUUUUCCAUUUUGCUCCAGAAACCUACUGUAUCCUACUGGGAAAGUCAGUUUUUUUAUGGUAAAAGAAGUACUGGUGUACUUUUUAUGGUGUGAAUAUUUGUAUCAAAACUUGUAAAGGUAUUAAACUGAAGUGUUAUGGUUGUG